AUGAGUGUAUGUUCUUUAAGUCCAAGAAGCUAAGUUGAUCUGAAACUAUUUUAAUAGCUAUCUCCUCAAAUUAAUGAUCCUUCAUUACAAAAUUUAACAUUGGAGCACUGUAUGAUUAGUUUAAUAAUUUAGAACAAUAUUAAGAUAAUUUUAAACCAUUUCGAAAAUUGCCUGUUCUUUAGAAACAAGAACAGAUUAAAAAUGUAGGCAAUGAUAAAAUAACUUAUGAAAAUCCAAUUUGUGAUGAUUAAAUAGAACUUCCUAAAUCAUAACCAUGUUAACAAAAAGCAACAAGAAAUAUCUUUCAACUCAUUAAGAUAAAUAAUUUAGUAAAAAGAUUUAAAAAUAUUUUGCUUUGUCGUAGUUAUAUUCUAACUUAGAGUUAAAAAGAAAAAAUUAAGAGUAAUCUAAUAUUUUAGGAAAAAUAUACUUAAGAUAAAAAAAAUAUUUAAAAGAAUACCAUUUCAUUUGUUAUCGAUCCAACUAAUAGAUUCAUCAUUUUAUGGGAUAUAAUUAUGUUUUUUGUGAUUUUAAACUUAAUUAUAUUAAUACCAUUUUUUUGGAGCUUUGAUCAAUCCUACCCUAUUUUAAGAAUUGAAGAAAUGUCAUUGUUUAUUAUAUUUUUUCUUAUUGACAUAAUACUAAAAUUAAACAUUGCCAUCAUAAAAAAAGGAAAUGUAAUAAAUUCAUUAUAAUUCCAAGAUCAUCAAAACCAGAAAGUAUAUAUUGAAAAAGUAUUUGAAAACUUCUUUUAUUUUAGAUGUUCUUUACUUAUUUUUAGUAUACUAUACUAUGAAAAUAGAAAGCAUAUUAAUAUUUAUAUCUUUUUGUGCUUUUAGUUUAAUUAAACUUUAAAGAGUAAUUGGUAAAAUAGUUAAAUUAUUAAAUUUAUCAGAAAUACAAAGAGAAAUUAUCAGUUUAAUCAAUCUAAUAAUAACAAUUAAUCUUAUUGCCCAUUUUAUGGCAUGUAUUUGGCAUUAUAUAGGAAUUACAACAAUGGAAUAUGAAAAAAAUAGUUGGAUUCUUCAUAAAAAUUUAUAAGAUGAUACAAAAUAAAUUAGAUAUAUUUUCUCAUAUUAUUGGGCUAUUGUUACAAUGAUUACUGUUGGAUAUGGAGAUAUUACACCAUAGAAUCAUGAGGAGGCAUUUAGUUGUAUAUUUCUUAUGCUUUUAUCAUGUGCAGUUUUUACAUUCUCACUAAAUUAAGUAGGAACUAUAGUUUAAAAUAUUAACAAAUAAAAAAGGCAAUUUUAGUAAUAAAUAUUUGAAAUCAAUUUAGAGAAAUGCUAAGAAUUUUGACUUGUUAUAUGUAAUAACACUCAGUUCCAGAUCAGUUAUAAAGUAGAGCAAGAAGUUAUUUAGAAUAUCGAUGUAUCAAAAGAAAUUAAUAAUCAAAAUAUCAUGUAAUAAACUUUAGACUUAAUCUUAGUUAUAAAGUAUUCUUGAAUAACUAUCUUCAUUUUUAUAGUAAGAAAUAAUGCUUAAUGUUUUUAAAAAUCUACUUUAGGAUUGCAAAAUUAUAUCACAUAACUUUAGUGAAGAAACUAUUAAGAAAAUGUCAAACUCUCUCUAAACUGCAUAUUAUUGUCCUGAUGAAUAUAUAUAUCAUUAAAAUUAAUUAGAUGAUAAUUAUUUAUAUUUUUUGGAUUAUGGAAAAGUUGAAAUUUAUGAAUAGAAAUCUUAAUAAAAAAUGGCAGAACUUUAAAAAGGUAAAUAUUUUGGAGAAGAAUCAUUUUUUACUUAAUAACCUCAUAAAUUUUCAGUUAUUAGUCGAAGUUUUACAAAAGUAUUUAGAAUCUCAUAAACUACUUUUUUAAAUUAACUUAAUAAAGAAGAGAAUGAAGUAUAUCAUUAAAUUAGACAUUUAUUUUUAUUUAAUUCUUAUAUUCUUGGACAAAAAUGUUAGAUAUGUUCUUAAUCUGAUCAUUAAAUAGAUAAUUGUAAACUACUAAAUUAUAAACCUGAUAUUGAAAAAUUGAUUUUAAAAGAUAAUUUAAAAAUAUAGAAUAGAUAAAAAUAGAAGAGAUGUGUUAAAAGAUCUUGUAAAGCACUUCAAAUAUAGCAUGUAUAUUAUUCAUAAAUAUUAAUAAGCAAUUAAAAUUAGUGUAAAAAGCAUUAGAAUAGAGUUAAGGAUAAGAUGAUAUAUUAUUUGAUGAAGAUGAAAAUGUAUCUUUAAAUCCUUAGGAACUAGAAUUAAAUACUAAUAAAGACUCUCCUGUUUCUAAAAGAAAAGAGAGUUAUCCAAAAUAAAGUGAACCUUCUCUUAAAGCAGAUAUCAAAAUUCCUCAUGAUUCUAAUAAAAGAAUUUAAUUUUAAAAAUCUGAUGGAUUUAAUAAAAGCAAAUAAUUUUAAACAUCUUAAUAAUUAAGGUAAACAAGUGAAACUGAAAUAAAGUUAUUUGGUGCUCCUGCUGAAAAUAGAACAUAAGUAGGUUAAAAUUCUAUUUCUUGUAAUUAUUAAAUUGUAGGAUUUGAAAAAGCAAUGGAAUUCAAAAAGUUUUUUCCAUAAUUUAAUCUUCAUGUAUUGAUUUCUGAUUACAAUAAAAAAACAAAAAUUUUAAAUAAAACUUUUAAAAGUAUCUAUUAACUCUUUAACCAUUCAAUAAAGAAAAGAACAUCAGUAAGAAAAGCCAGGAGCUCAAAAUAUCUAUAAUUGCACUGA